AUGGCUUCAUCGUCACGAGAUGUACCCGUCUCUGAGUCUAUUUCUCCAUUGAAUUCGUCAGAUUCAGAUGGGGAAGAUAUUUUUGAAAUCCAUCGAAAAAGGAUGAACGAUGUGAGCAGAUUAUUAUCGCCUGAUAAGGUGCGGGCAUUCUUUCAACCUCGUAAGAGAAAGUAUAUUAAACGUGAUCGAGAGGAGGCAGCACAACGGCUACUCCGAGAUUACUUUGUUGAAAAUCCGAUUUAUCCACCAAACAUAUUUCGUAGAAGGUUUCGGAUGCGACGAGAGUUGUUUCUUCGCAUUUUGAAUGGUGUUACAACAUAUGACGAAUGGUUCAUCCAGAAACCCGAUGCCCUCGGUCGUAUGGGGUUCACUCCUAUACAGAAGAUGACUGCUGCAAUCCGUUACCAACGCUCACCAAAUGCAGAUGACAUUGCACGUCUGCUUCGAGAAGGGGAAGAGAGAGGUUUUCCAGGUAUGCUUGGCUUUAUAGAUUGUAUGCAUUGGGAAUGGAAGAACUACUCCACAGCAUGGCAUGGCAUGCACACGGGAAGAAGUCAUAAGCCUACCCUCAUAUUGGAGGCUGUUGCAUCGAAAAAUCUGUGGAUCUGGCAUGCUUUCUUUGGUAUGGCUGGUUCACAUAAUGACUUGAAUGUUCUCGAUCAUUCCCCAGUAUUCAAAAGCAUGAUCAAUGGUUCAAUGCCUCCAGUUAAUUACGUGGUAAAUGGGCAUCGGCAUACAAUGAGGUAUUACCUAUUUGAUGGUAUAUAUCCUAAGUGGGCAACUUUGAUGCAGACCAUCCCGCACCCAACAACAGUCAAAGAGAAAUUAUUUGCUAACAAACAAGAAACUGUUAGGAAGGAUGUAGAACGGGCGUUCGGCGUGUUGCAGAUGAGGUGGGCUAUAACGCAUCAACCGGUACUUUAUUGGAAUACAGAAGAUCUAAACAAGAUAAUGAGAACGUGUAUCAUGUUACACAAUAUGAUCAUUGAAGACGAGGGCGAACACAUUUUGCAAUGGAUAACUUCGACAGAUGACUCAAUCUCCCUUCCACAUUACGUUCGAAACCCAUCAAUGUUGGCGGCACACAUUUCCUCUCGCUUUAGUAGGAUUCGCAAUAGAUCAGACAAUGCUGAUCUUAGGAGAGAUCUCAUGGAACAUUUGUGGAAUCAAUUUGUUAUAGACGGAGACGUCGGUGAGAAAGGCACGGCAGGGGCUUUGAAGCAUGUUAUUGGCGACGACGAAGAUGGUGGUGGCGCGGGUUUUUGGGGAUUUAUUGUAGGAGUCGCCGAAGAGGCGGCCGAAGUCAGCGACGUAGCCGAUGAGGACGACGGCGAUGGCAGAUUAACCACAGACGAUGACGAUUAG